UUGUGGUGAAACGGUUGUAAACAGAAAGGUUUAAAUGAAACAACGUUCAAAAAUAAUAUGUGUAAUAUGAUAACAGUGAUAACUGAUAACAGUGAAACAAUUUAUCGAUUGCUCACUUUAGCAACAAAAGAUUUAUAUAAUAAUUUUGUGUGGAUAUAAUGUGUAAUCUUCGAGUAGAUAGAUGAAGCAAAUCAGUUAUGCCCUUAGUUGCGUCAAAAGUGGUCAAAAAUGCUGCUUCGUGCGAUUUCAAAUCGGUCCAAUUAUGUAACGAAAUUGGAUAAUGAUUUCGUAGUCGGGGAAUCACUGGGUCGAGGAGGAUUUGGCCAAAUUAUCAAGGCUAGACGGAAAUGUGAUGAUAACGAAUUUGCGAUAAAAAUAAUUAAAUUUGCAUCCAACUUGAAGGACAUAAAAACGAACAGAAGAGAAGCAAAUGUGUUGUCCCAACUUAAUCAUAAUAAUAUUGUGAGGUACUACAAUUCCUGGAUUGAGACCGCAAAAAUUCCGCUGGAUGAAUAUAAGAAGUUGUGUUCUGAAAGUGAUGAAACUUUAAGCUCAGAAAUACACAGAUUAUCCAAAAAGGGUUUCAUUAGUAAAGAUAAUGAGGGUGAAUUUGCCGACUUGGAUAUUUACGAAGAAAACGAUUUUUCGGAAAGAGAGGAAGAAGACUCGGAUAGCGAAGACAGUUUUAUUGUUUUCCAGUCAGAAUAUGUUCACAAGGAAGUUAAAUAUCUAUGUAUCCAAAUGGAGUUGUGCGAAAAUAAUACUUUAAGACGAGCAAUCGACAAAGAUCUCUAUAAAGAUGAAAACAAAUUAAUUAAAUAUUUUCGAGAAAUUUGUGAAGGUUUGUCAUACAUACACAAAUAUAAUAUCGUUCAUCGAGAUUUAAAGCCAGAAAAUAUUUUUUUAACUUCGGAAGAUGUUAUUAAAAUUGGAGAUUUUGGUUUAUCAAAACAAAUUUCAUUAGAUAAUAAACUGGAACCACUACAAGAAAAUGAAUUGCCUUGUGGAUCUUUAACUGGUGUGUGUGGUACUUCCAUUUACAUAGCUCCAGAGCUACGUACCGGAACAUCGUUCAAUAUCAAGGCUGAUAUUUACAGUUUAGGUGUAAUAUAUUUUGAAAUGUGUUCCAAGCCCAUGACUGUGAUGGAAAAGUUUAAAAUAUUUCCUAUAACAAAGAAAUAUUUACGGGGACUUAAUUUUAAUACCAGUAACUCUAAGAAAAAGUUUCUUAUAAGGAAUCUUUUACACGCAAAUGUUAUCGAAAGACCUACUUGUGAUGACAUAAUAAAAAUAUUGAAUUCAAACAAGUCCGAUGAAGAAAUGAAAGAAAUGAUUCAACAAAACAGGAGGACUCCUUAUCAACAUUAUAAAAACUUCGAAAAGACAUUAAUGAGUGUUUGUGCUAAAAAAGAUGAAUUGGCAUUCUUUAUAAGCCAAGCCAUUAAGAUUUUUGAGUUACAUGGAGGACAUAAUAUUACUUUACCUCAGUUCAUACCACCGACAUAUAACUCUUCUGAUUAUUUAAUUAAUUUACUGAAUACACGAGGAAAUUCGAUUUCUCUAUCCAAUACCUCUACAAUUACAUUUUCACAUUAUGUGGCAACAAAUAACGUAAAAAAAUUGAGAAGAUUUUCUGUAGACAAAGUGUUCAGGGAAGGUUUUUUCUCACCAACUGAAAUACAAGAAUGUGUUUUUCAAGUGAUCAGUCCUAUAAAAAACGAUCAUGUUGUAGAAUCCGAAAUGUUGUAUCUUGGGAAAGAAGUGUUAGACGGAAAUCUACAACCCGGGUAUCUGUACUAUAUCAUUAAUCAUCGACUCAUAUUUUCAACAAUUUUGAAGCAUUGUAAAAUGUCAUACAGAAAAGUCGCAGCUUUUAUUAAUCAAAUGAAAGAUGCUGAAUAUACAGGUGGAGGUCCGCGAAUUAAUACAGAUGUGGAGCUGGAAACUGAAGUGCGUAUUUUUUGUUCAAAACUUGCAAGUUAUUUUCAUGUUGGGGCAGCCGAGAACUACUUAUUGAAGUUAAUGGCAGUCAACAAUAGUAAAGAAGUUUUUGAAAAAAUUGACACAAAUGUUCUUUUAACAGCAUUUAAGCAGCUGCGGACUGUCAUUGCAAAUGCAAACAAAUUUGAACCUAAGUUAAAUAUUGUUGUUUGUCCGCUUCUCAUAAGUGAAAGGUACUCAACAGGAAUGAUGUUUAAAAUAAUGCACUUUGAAUCAGUUGACCAACAAUCAAUUGUUGCAACGGGUGGUGGAUUUGAUUCUUUAAUCCAAAGAUGUAACAAAAUAAAGAAGAAAAAUCAAAAUUGUGCUUUUGCAAUGUCUGCCGUUGAGAUAAGUUUUAAUGUUGAAACUAUUUUAAAGUUGUUAAAAUGCAAUAACGUCACACGAGGUGUUGACGUCUUAAUUGUUGCCCAAGAAAAAUCCAUGGCAAUUUCAUUUUUUAAAUUACUAUUGUCAAAAGGAAUAAAAUCUGAAAUUGUAAACGAAUUAGUUUUUUGUAACGAGCGACCAUUAUUUGUUGUUAAGCUUGACGACGAAAAUGUUGGAGUUAUAUAUCGUGUAGGCGAAGGAACAGGUGUACCAUGGUCUUUAAAUGAGGUUUAUCAAGGUAAUCUAACUCCAAAGAAACUUUUAAAAAUUUGUGCCAGUACUGGUAAUUAGAAUUAAUAAAAAUAUUACAUAUUCUUUAUUUUCUAUAUUGUAAUACUGUAUGCAUUAAAUAAAUUAUUUUUAAAUAAG